AAGGGCCCUUUGUGACACAUCCUGAUAUAGGUGUUUGUCGUCAACGCGGCCGCGCCACAGUGCUCGGAGCACGCGUCUGGUCAGGACGGGAGAGAGCGGUGCUGUGAGGAGUCGCCUCGCAGCCAACUCGUUCGUUGCUGACCCGAAGCAAUUCCGAGAGUUCUUUUUCUUACAAGUUCCCUCGAGGCCAAACCACAGGAGUCGGUGACCCGGAGGUUUUUCCGAGGCAUCCGCACUCCCUGUGGGAGUGGCCCUCGAGGCCAGGCCACGGGCCUUGGUGACCCGGAGCUUUUCUGGGCAUCACCAGUGCCUGUGGAAGGUGCCUACGAGGCCAGACCACGGGACUUGGUCACCUGCAGUCCCUGUGGAAGGUGUCCUCGAGGCCAGACCACGGGACUUGGUCACCUGCAGUCCCUGUGGAAGGUACCCUCGAGGCAAUUUUGUGAGAUUUGCCCACCAGGGUAUUUUCCAAGGCAUCUCUCGUGCAAGUUCCCUUGAUACCACACUGUGGGAUGGCGGGGAGAUGCUUCAGCCUGUUCAGGCUGCUGAGGAGGAAGAACAGGAGAGGCCCAGGGGUGGCCCCAGCACAGCAAGCUGAGGAGCCCCUGCAGCAGGAUCCAGGCCAGGAGCGGAGAGAGGAGCAGGACCGCCCCCGUGGCCGCUUCCGCAGAGCAGUUCAGAGGUUGCUGAAAAUCAUGCGCAUUCGGCGUACAACACCCAGGACCACAGCACCUGAGCUCAUGGCAGAGCCUGACACCAGGCCAGCUGAGCUCAAGGAGAAGCCUGAUGGCAGCACCGCGCUGAUUGAUUGCAUGGCAACCUCUGACACCGCUGUGACCGAGGACACGGCCAACCCUGACACUGCACUGGCCGAUCUCACCAUGAAGGAUGACACUGAACUGAGUCAUUGCACAGCAAAGCCUGACACCGCUUUGGCUGAAGACACAACCGGCUCUGACACCGCAGCCACAGAUGUCAUGGCCAAGGCCGACAUGGCGCCGAUGCCAAUUGAUGGCACAUCACACUCUGACGCGGCACCAAUGGACGGCACAGCAAAGCCUGACACCGCUUUGGCUGGUGACACAACCGACUCCAACACUGACCUUGUGGCACAGGCUGACAUCACACCGAUGCCGACUGAGGGCACAGCAAGCUCUGAUGAGGCACCGAUGGAUGACGCAGCAAACCCUGAGACUGCCACGACUGAUGCUGAAACCACAACAAGGGAUCUCAUGGCAGAGAGUGACACCACGAGUGAGGGCAUCGGAAACACUGACACCACGCCAGCUGAGAGUGUGACUGAUGCUCCCAAUCUGCACUUUUUGGAGGGGAAAGGUGUCUCCAGUUGGAAGCCAGUGCCGGCCAUCGUUUGGUCCAUCCACCACGACCUCACGUUCCACGUGUCUCCGCACACUGACAUCUGCAGGCUCGCUGAGGCACACCCACUUGAUGUGGUGAUGACUCUCCUGCGCUGUGCCCCAGAGUGUGACAGAGCUGCUGCAAUGAUGUGGAGAAGCAUCGGCUCCUCGGGAACAACAGUGGAGAAGGUGCUGCCGGUACUGCUCAGAGCAAUGGAGGAUUGGCCAGUGCAUGGAAUGUCCACCUCCGAUGGUGACAGCAGAGAUGUCUUUGCCCUGGCUGCAACCCUGGCACUGUGGCUGAUCAUCCAGGAGCCCAAGUGCCAGGAUGCAGUCAUGAAUUACGUCCCCCACCUGCUCGUGGCUCUGCUGUUCCAAGUGUCCAUGAGCACAGAGCAGGUGCCAGAAGAGGUGAACAGCUUCUGGAGGGGAUGCCUGGAGCAACACCGCCUUCCCACCCAGCCCAAGAGGUUUUUGGUCCAGACCAUCAAGGCCCUGCUGUGCCGGCUGCAGUGGGAUAAUGAGGUGGUGUCAGUGGAGCGCAAGUGUGGCUGGGACACGCUCGUCUGUGCUGACACCCAGCACUAUGCAGUGGGGCUGCUGGCCAGGGAGAUGUGCCACGUCUUGGUCCCUUUCUAUUCCCCCAUGGCAAUCCACCUGCUGGGGCUGCUCAGCACUGAGGACCCUCGUUGGGAGCUGCCUGCCCUGGCCCUCCUUGUGGAGGUCCUGGACUAUCUGGAUGGGAGUAAAUAUCAUGACAGGGUCCUGCCCAUCCUGUCGAGGAACCUGCAGAGCCAGUGCCCAGAGAGGCAGCGCCUGGCACUCAGAGGCCUCCUGGUGCUUGCUGUGGAUCCCUCAAUGGCCCAAAGCAUCUGCAGCCUGUCCCAACACCUCCUGGAGCUGCUGCCUGAUGCAGACGGAGAGCUGGUCAUGAUGACCCUCUCUGUGUUUGAGAGUGUGCUCCGGGAUGAAGACAUUCGGGCAUUCAUCUCCACUGCCCCCAAGCUGGCUGAGGCGCUCCGGCCACUCUUUCACAAUGACAACACCCACGUGCAGCUGCUCUCCAUUCGCCUCUUCCGAGAGGUGAUGGAGGUGCUGGCGGAAGAGGGAACACAGCUCUUGGAGACACAGGUGCACCAGAGCCUGGUCCCACUCUUCAUCCAUGGGCAUGACGAGAAUCAGUGCGUGGCAGAGGCCUCUCGAGAAGUGCUGCUUUGCGCUGCAAGGUUCCUCAAGAGAAGGGACCUGGAGAAGCUGCUGAGGAAAGAGCAGCACUUCAAGUUCUGUGAUUGCCUGAUGGACAAGGACGUGAGCCGAAGAGCCGAGCACCUGCACCAGGCCCUGCCCUACCUACAGAGCCCACAGCAGCCCCUGCGAGAGGCGGCCGUCAGGUUCAUGGGGAUCGCUGCCUGGCACAUGAAAGACCUGCAGCUCCUCAUGAGGGCCUUUGAAGCCAUGAGCCAAGACGACUGCCCGUCCUACUGCACCAUGCGGACUGAAUUCUUGUCCGCUUUUAGACGGGCAGUAACAAAGUAAUCUCCAGCCACACAACCAGCGUCCCUCCAACAGCACCGGGAGACCAAGGGACGAGACCACUUCUCAGCAGAGCUGGAGAUUCAGCUGAUGCUGGGCCCAACUGAGCCAGUCGGCAAGGCCAGGCAGCUCCUGGCCUGCCCACCUCUAUGGACAGCCCCUUCCCAAACCUUCCCUUCCCAAACCUUCCCAAACCUUCCCAAACCUUCCCUUCCCAAAUCUUCC